GCAGAAGAUAGUUCUAUGUAUAUUUGUCCACAAUGUCAUUUGGCAACAGAAGAUCAUCCAUUGAUACGUCGAUUGAAACAAUGCGGUGAAGAGGCUUUUGGACAUGUAUGCGAAUUUCGAACACAUGAAGAAUUAGCUAGUCUAAUGUCGAACACGCAUGUACUACGAUUACAAUCCUUGUUAAUACGUUUACGUAUAUUAGGUCCAGAUCAUCCGGAUACUAUUUAUUUUAUUCGCUAUCGUGGUGCAAUCUACGCUGAUGCUGAUAACUUCCAUCAAUGUUUAAGUCUAUGGCGUUAUGCUUUAGAAUUACAACGUACAUUUCUUGAACCGUUGUGUCAUGUUUCACAAGCUGCUUUUGUUAGUUUUGCAGAGCUAUUUCAUUUUGUUCUAACAAAUAGUUGUAUCGGUCUACCGGCUAUCGAUUUGAAUCCAACACUUAUAGUGGAUUGUUUAGAAUUGGCGAUAGACAAUAUAGAAAGAGGUAUGGACUAUUCCUUCUAUCACUGGCAUCAUAGACAUCCAUGGUCGUAUACAGCAGCGGAUAAAGAAGCCAUCAAUUUAAUGCGUCAUGUCUCACUAUGCUUACAUUUUAUAGCUAUGAUUCUUAUACAUUAUGGACCGAAUAGCAAGGCAUUGCCUAAUGUUCGACCAUUACGACGUCAACUGACCAGUGGUAUAACUCAGGUAGUCAAUGAAACCUUCAAUGAUUUAAUACAAGAUCAUACAGCGAAUCUGUCGACAGUGAUACCAAAUAUACAAGAUUUAAUUACUGCUACUACUAAUAAUAAUAGUAGUGGUAAUAUCGGUGAUGGACAAAGUAAUAGUUCAGCCAAUGAAAUGAAAAAACGUCUGUCACCUGAACUACUUCAACGAUUUUUCCGUCAAGUAAGUUAGUUGUUGUUUUCUUUUUUACAGUAAAGAAGAGAGAUCAUAAAUAUGCUUUUUUUCCCUUUUUCCCAUAGGAUACUAAGUUAGCUAGAAG